AUGAAUAUUUCACGAGGCAGCAGUACGUGCUGUAUCAUAAAACCACAUGCAGUUCGUGCAGAUUUAACCGAGAAAAUCGUCUACGAUAUUCAGAGAGAAAACUUUAACAUAAAAAAAAUGGUCCCUUUUAACAUUAGCAAAGUAAAUUGUCAAGAAUUUUACGACAUUUAUAAAGGCGUCGUGCCGUUUUACGAAGAGAUGGUGGGGGAAUUGAAUUCGGGAACAUGCGUAGGUCUUGAAAUAACGCACAACGACCCAAAAGUAGAUGUCGUAAGUGAAUUCAGAAAACUCUGCGGUCCAAUGGAUUCGGAAUUGGCAAAAGAGAUACGUCCGAAUUCACUUCGAGCAAAGUAUGGAUUAACUAAAAUUCAAAAUGCGGUUCAUUGUUCUGAUCUUCACGAAGAAAGUGUAUUAGAAGUUGAAUAUUUAUUCAAAAUCUUGUUGGCGUAA